CGUUGUUCUGGAAUGGAAUCUGGAUUUUUUCUUGUCUUGUCACUUGUUUUUAUUACGAUUUUCAUUAAAUUUAAUUAAUUGCGUUUGAUUUAAUUGCAAUAAAAGCACAUUCAAAAUGAACUGCCCUUUUAACGAAGAGCAACUGGCGCAGCUGAAAGGGUUUGUGGAGUUAUGCAAGACCACACCGCAAAUAGUGCAUCAUCCGAAAUUGGCGUUCUUCAAAGACUAUCUAGUCUCGUUGGGUGUCACCAUCCCUUCAGCCAACGUAGGAACUAAAACCUCUGCUCCAUCCGGAGAUUCUAACACCAGGAAUAACAAUGCUGAUGAAAAAAUUUCAUCAUCUGAUGAAGAAUCAGAGCCAGAAUCGGAUGUGGAACUCAACAUGGAAGGAGUAAUUGAAGCUGAUAUAGUAGAAGAUGUUCAAGAGAUGUUUGACUUAUCAAAAGAGCCCACUGAGGAAGAACGUGACCAGUCAGAUGAGAAGCGGUCAGAAGCUAUGAGAGCGUUUUCGGAACUGCAGUUUGAUGAAGCUAUCAAGCUGUACACUGAAGCAAUAAAACUUAAUCCACAAAGCGCUUUAUUGUUUGCCAAGAGAGGUCAAGUUUAUCUCAAACUUAACAAACCCAACGCCUGUAUCAAAGACUGUACUAGAGCCCUGGAACUGAACUGUGAUAGUGCCGCUGCCUAUAAAUUCCGUGGUCGUGCCUACAGGUUAUUAGGAAUGUUUGAAGAAGCAUCGCACGAUUUAUGCGAGUCCCUGAAGAUAGACUAUGACGACCAGGCUAAUGAGUGGCUGUCUGAAGUGAAACCAAACGCCGAGAAACUUCGUCAACACAGACUCAGUGCACAACGUAAGAAGGAAGAAAAAGAGCACCGGGCAAAGUUGCGUCGCGCCCGCAAGGCGGCCGAGGCGCGUGCUAAAGCGGCGCGGGCACAAGCGGAGGCGACAGCGACAGCGGGCGCGGGUAUGGGAGCGGGUGCAGGCACUCGUCCCCCGCCUGGGGGCUUCAACCCGCAGGACUUCAGCAACCUGCUGUUCGACCCGGAGAUCAUGACCGCAUUCCAGGAUCCAGAAUUAGCUGCAGCUUUCCAAGACGUCUCUGCAAAUCCAGCCAAUUUCGUCAAGUACCAAAACAAUCCGAAGGUUGCUGCUGUUAUUGAAAAAUUGCAAGCUAAACUCGGGAAAGGGGGUUCUGGUAGUUUCCCCGGAGGCUUCCCAGGGGGCUUCCCUGGUGGUUUUGAAGGUUUUGGAGGUCCUGCACCUGGAUCAGGCCCAAACAAGCCACCCACCGAUGACGAUGUUGGACUUGAUUAAAUACCACCCAAAUACAUUUUUAAUUGAAUUUUUGAACUAAUUCGAUUAUCCUAGAACAGAGUGUUAAAGCUGCAUGUGUUAGGAUACAUGAAGAGAGAGAUUCCCUCUAUAAUUCUUAAUUGCAGUAAAGAAUGUUUUUGGAUACACUUCACUAACCUUUCGUAUCUGUUAGGUUUUUUUUAUGAAAGUGCGACUUCUUUUCAAAUAAGUUUUUUUUUAUUUUACAUUUUGUCAUAAUGGGUUCGAUUCUGGC